AUGGCCGACACUCCGUGGGGCUCAACCGCCACCCCGAGCCCCCGCCCAGCUUCCACCAAGUCCGCACAGUCUACCCGCUCCUCCCGCGAACCCCGUCCCGAAGACCAUGACGACGACCUGGAGUUCACCGAGGACACGCCUCUCCUGGCCGGCGAGGACAACAACAACGUCGACGACGACGAUGACACCGAGUCUCGCUCCCAGGCCGCUUUUUCGCUGUUGAGCUGUCUCCGCCGCAGCUCCACCACGUCAUCUGAUGCUGCCAAGAAAGGCCACCGCUGGCCCAGCCUGGUGGCGCUGUUGAUAUUAUGUAUCGCCGUCGUUACUAUCAUGGUCCUGGGCUUCUUCGCCCCUGCCGCAGUCGAAGAAUACGCGAACGAGGCCGUCGAUGUCAAGCCCACUGGUCUGAGCUUCGAGUCGGUUAAGUCGGAUGGCGUCUCGGUCAGGGUCCAGGCGGAUUUUACCAUGGAUGCUUCGCGGGUACACAAGAAGUCGGUCCGUGACUUCGGACGCUUUAGCACCUGGAUUGCAAGGGAAAUCGAGAGUGGAGAGACUCUCGUCGAGGUCGUGCUGCCCGAUUACAGUGACAAGGUCGUUGGCAGUGCCGUCAUUCCGCCUGUCAAGGUCAGCCUUCGGAAUGGUCACACCACUCACAUCGACUUCAUUGCCGAUCUCCACCCCGGCUCGUUUUCGAGUAUCAGAGAUGUUGCAAACGACUGGAUGAGGGGUCGCCUGGGGAAGCUCAAGGUCAAGGGCAAGGCAAACGUGCCUCUCAAAUCAGGCAUCUUCCCGCUAGGUACCCAGGUCAUUGAGGAGAUCAUGGAGUUUGAAGGCCAUUCGCUCCCUGCUGUUCCCGCUUAUAGGAUAGCCAAGCUCAACGUCCAUGAGGUGGGCCUGCCUCAUGGUCACAGGGGUCUCGAAGCAAACACUAGCAUUGUAGUCAAUAACGAUUAUCCCCUCAGACUCACCGUCCCUCCUCUUGGCUUUGGCAUCUUGGUUGGAGGCUGCUUGCCCUCAGACCCUUAUAUCAUGGUCGCCGAUGCAAGGACCCAGGAGCUUCAUAUCGAACCUUUCGAGGACAUCGAGAUCGACGCGGCCGGCUGGAUCAGGAGGCUGCCUGAUGCUCUGAUGGCGGCAUGCCCUGAUUCCAAGCAAACGCCAUUAGACAUUCUGCUCGGCGACUUCAUCCACGGGCGUGAUGCCCGCGUCUACGUCCGUGGAUCCGACUCCCCCUCGGUCGAUACGCCAAAAUGGUUGACUGAUCUCAUGUCCGACAUCACUGUCCCCGUGCCGUUCCCUGGCCGCCUGCCCGACAAUCUGCUGAAGAACUUUUCCCUGACUGAUGUCCAAUUCCACCUUCCUGGCUUCUUUGCCGAACCCGACACUCCCGAAGCCCAGCCAAGGAUCGACGCCAAGAUCAAAGCUCUCGUCGGACUCCCUGAUGAAAUCAAUUUCCCCGUCAAUGUCGACAAAGUGCGCGCUGAUGCAGACAUCUUCUACGAGGGGAAGAAGCUCGGUAACCUUGACCUCAGCAAAUGGCAACCUGCCAACUCCACCCGCAUCGAUUCCAAAGACAAGGACAAAGCAGGCCUUUUGGUCGAGGCCGCCGUCAGAGAUGCACCUGUGAAUAUCACCGACCAAGCCGUGUUCUCUGAAGUUGUUCAAGCGUUGUUGUUUGGUAGCAAGAGUCUGAGUCUAAGCGUUAAGGCGGAGGUAGACGUCGAAAUGGCCACGUCCUUGGGCACUCUCAAAGUGCGCAAGAUACCUGCCGAGGGCGUCGUACCAGUUAAACCAAUCGGAUCCGGUGACGGAUCUGGCAGCGGAACAGGCGAAAUGUUCAAGCGCGUUGCGCCCAAGUUCGGAAACUUGAAGAUCUUGGACACGGGUGCCAGCUCGAUCAAGUUUCAGGCUGAGGUCAACUUCACGAAUCCAACAAACUACUCGGCUACCGUACCGUACGCGAAUAUCAACAUCCUCACGAACGGCACCGCCUUGGGCCAGGUCACGGCGGAAAACUUGACCGUCGUCCCGGGAAACAACACGGGGGUCUUGGUGGAGGCAGUGUGGGACCCGUUGAAGAUGAGUGGAGAAAAGGGGAGGAUCGUGGGCAGGGAUCUUCUCUCGCAGUAUCUUUCCGGAUUCAACACCUCGUUGACGUUGAAGACGCACAAGAACACCAUCCCGUCGCAGCCGGCGCUCGGUGAAAUGCUUUCAAAGCUGGAACUUAGCCUACCGACGCCAAAUUUGAGGCACGGUGAUGACGGCGAGGAUGGUGAUAAACCAAGAUUCAUCAAGGAAGCUACGAUGCACAUCCUCUCGUCCACCGCCAUCUUCACUCUCUCUUCCCCGCUCCGCGAGUCCACCAUCUAUAUAACCCACCUCAACGCCACCGCCCGCUACCACGGUGAGCCCGCCGGACACAUCCUGUAUGAACUUCCUUUCGCCGUACCGCCGGGACUUUCCCAAACGCCCCGUCUCCCAGUCGACUGGUCGCUUGGCAGCGUCGGUUACGACGCCAUCAAGAAGGCCCUUGGCGGCGAGCUAAAGCUGAACGCCAGUGCAACCGUUGGAAUCAAGCUGGGUAGGUGGGAGGAAAGAAUUUGGUUUGUUGGCGGUGGAAUCGGCGCGCACGUGAGACUGUGA